CAUUAUACCAGAGAAGAAGAAGGAAACUACUGGUGUGUGGACUUUAAUACCGGACGUGUCGUAUCUUAAACAAGCGAAGUGCCGCUAGUUAACACAGGCAAGCGCGGUUUUUAAAAUUAUUGUUUUUUAAAUCAGGCCCAGGGAGUUUUUAUUUUUUCCCCGUUAGCUAACGUUAGUACUGUACCAAAGAGCAUCAAUAUACUGACUAGAUGUUGAUAGCCUUCUUGUAACGUCAGUUAGAAGCUACCACUGAAGGAUAGCUUGGUACAGUAGGUAGCUAUCUACUACCUUUUCGCGCCCGGGAGUUUCCGAUGGUACGUACACAGCCACUCUCAACCGAUAGGGAUGGCAUCAAGCAGGUGUGAAGAACUACAAAGUGACAAAGAACCUUUGCAUAUAUCAGCCCCCACCUCUCCUCCCCCCAUUUCUCUCACUGCUUCCCUUUCUAAACAAGCCCCCACCUCUCUGAUCCGCUCCUGGCCUUCCUCGCACCGUUCCCCGUGGGAUGAGUCUUGUGAGGUCACAGCUCGCCUCUACUCCUCGCUGCAACUCACCCGAGACCUCCAGGCCAAAGGUCAACCAUCACCAGGCCACACUCACAGACAGGUGUCAUUUCAGUUGUCUUCUCCUCAGCUGGGGGGGGAGGGAGGGGAUAAGGCUAGACCCCCCGAGAACCUCCACACCCCCUCCCCCGGGGGGAGACAGGAGGAGAAGGGAGAGGAAGAUAGGGUGUUGGUAGAGGAGAUGGGUGUUAAUCUCCAGACCAGUGUGGACUACAGCAACAGACUCACUAAUGGCAGGAGACAUAUCCAGGACAUGGAGAAUGUCAGAGCUCACCUUCAAACCAUGCUGAGAAGCACACCCAUAUUGGAGACAGAGGGAGGUAGCAGUGUUACAGAGAGUCCCAACCAGUCAUUUAACAGUGAAAGCACCUCACAGCUACUCGGUGGUGGGAUAGGAGGUUUAGAGGAGUUGUUCCCGCGGUAUUCUUUUCGUCUGCGUUCUGAUGGUGUCUUCUCCUCCCCGGAAGCCACUGUCCUUAGGGAGAGCCUAGACAGGGAGAGGACCAGCCGCAAGCAGUGUGAGGGGCACGUGCUGGUGUUGCAGAGUAAGGCUCUGGAGCUGCAGCAACGAUUGGCUCUCGCUUUGUCAGCUGACCGGAAGAAGGAUGUCAUGAUCGAGCAGCUGGAUAAGACCCUGGCUAAGGUGGUUGAAGGCUGGAGGAAACAUGAGCAGGAGAAGAGUGAGGGAGUGAAGAGACUACAGCAAGAGAAGGAGCUGGCGGAGAGACGACAUACAAAGCAGCAAGAGACCCUUGGUCAAUUAGAGCAGUCUCUGGCUCAGGUUGCCGAGGCCCUGGAGCAAGAGCAGAAACACACUGAGGAACUACAGAGAACCAACAGACAGCUGGAGCUGCGGCUGGUGGAGUUGGAAGGGUCUCUGUGUGAUUGUAGGCAUGAGUGUGAGCUCUUGUGUGUGGAGCGAGACGGGCUGCAUCUACAGGCCCAGGAAGCCCAGGCUGCUCUGACCUGCCUCCAGGAGCAAACAGCCAAUGAGAGAAGAUCGCUGGAGGACCAGACAGUCCAGCUAGCCAAUCAACUGCAAGAGGAGAGGGAGUGCAAGCAGCGAGAAGAGCAGCAUUUGUUGGAGGUAAGACAGGUGUUGGAGGAGGUGAGGGGAGAGUUGACCAAAGAGAGGGGGAGACUGCUACAGCUGGAGGAGGAGAAACUGGAGGCGCGGGGAGAGUGGGACACGGAGCGCAUGGAUUGGGCUCUGGAACAGGCCCGAUUUGAAGCCCAGCGUUCUCAGUUGGAAGUAAAGCUGAAACAGGAGACUGAGAGACUGUCAGCUUCACAGCAGGAACACAUUGCCCUGAAAGAACAGCACAGGAAUCAGCUGCUGGAUCUGAGUGCUCGCCAUGAGAGAGAACUUUCCUCCCAGUUACAGCAACACCAGCAGCACACACUGACACUCACCCAGGACUACCAGACCAGGCUGGCCCACUCCAAGCAGCAGUCUGUUUUGUUGGAGGAGAGCAGGAGGAGGCUCGAAGGGCAGAGAGAGGAGCUUGUGAGCAGACUGCAGAGUUUACUACGCUCCCAUUGGACAGAAGCACUGAGACUGCUCAGUACACAGGCACAGCCUUCUGAGCCAGCCACCAGAGGUACGUGUGUGUGUGUGUGUGUGUGUGUGUUUGUUUUGCAGACAGAAGGGUCUUCUCUUCCUUCGCUGUGGGAUGAGCCCAAAGACUGGAUGAACCAACAUCUACUACAGGAACCAUCAUCUAGUUCACACAUUACAGUACAGUACAGAGCUGCAGCUGACACGCACAUGGUGCAGAGAGAGCAGGAGGGGGAGGAAGUUGCUCACUUGGCACAAGACGCUCAAGCAGUGGUCCUCCGACUCUCCAGAGAGAGAGGAGAAUUAAGUGGAGAGGGUGAAGCAAGAGCGAUAACAGAGGGAAGAGAGAGAAGAUGGGAGAGAGGGGCAGGAAGAGAAGAGAGUGGAAACCUCAGCGUGCUGAACCACACUCUCUCCUUCAACCUUCUGGAGCCACAACUAGACACCACCAACAUGACAGCAGGACUUGAAGAGCUGUGUGACAGAGGGGGAGAUCUGAGGGGAUGUGUGGCAGAGGAAGAGGAGCAUAAGGGAGAAAGACAGAGAGCUGAGAGUGGAGAGAGGCAACAGUGGGCGGAGAGGGGUCCCAGCCUCACCUCUGGCCCCAGCCCUAGCUUUGACCCCGGAAGGAGGAGUGAACUACAGUACUAUGUCUCCAUGUUGUUAGAUCGUUCUCCAGGAGAGCCCGUGGAGAAUCCAGCUCAGGACAACACAGGUCUGGGGUCAUCGUGGGACAGUGUGAAGUUUCAGCUUCACGCCCCUCUGGUCACUCCCUCCUCCCCUGGAGACCAAACCAGACACCCCACACGCAAUCCAACUAACACAGGUCAGGUGUCAGCCCAGCUCAGGUCUCUCCUGGCGCAGUUCCCCUCCCAGCCUGACAGGGCGGGGCGCUCUCUGCAGUUGCUCUCUACGCUGACCCAUGGGUCUGAUGGUGAGUGUGAGGAGAAGCCGAGCCGCCUGAAGAAGAGUGACCCACUCCUCCGGAACUCUGGAGUGUCCCGAGUAACUAGUCAGGGGUCCGGGUUGAAGGGUCAGGUGCCGGGUAUGAGGGGCAGAAGGGGGUGGCAGGGAAGGGGGGGAGCGUGGAGAUGAUGUUUUUGUUAAAAAGCUGUUUGAAAGUUUUACCACAUCACAUAUGUUUUUGACUUAUUAAAAUCUACUUUUUCUAUU